GCACUCAAAUAUGGCUACCGUCGGAGUGCGAGCUACAACUUUAAUAUCUGUGUCUUAAUGGGAUUUUUUUUUCUACGACACGAUUUAUUUACAGCGGGAUUUUCACCGUGAGACGUUUCUCUUCGUUAUAUGACGAGCUGAAGGCGAAACCUGACAGGAAAUGUAACAUAAUCGCGGAUGUUUCUGUAUAAACAGUGUUUUUUUUUCUCCUGUUGUUGUUCUAAAUUGGCAGCUUUUUGCUCAGCAGCGAAGCUACAAACACGGAAUAAUCUCCGCUUCGACCUGACGGAAAAUAUCAUAUAUGUUUGUUUUUGUUUUUUCAUGGAAAUAAGGGUUCGUGUCAGUUGCCACAGGAUUAUUAUAUCGCACCGAUUCGGCUUGUGGAGCCGAGCAUCGUUGGGAAGAAAAGCCCAACAGCACAGGGAUGUAAAAACCCUGAAGGAUUUCACGAUGUGGGGAUGAAGAAUAAAGCGGAAUAAAAAGUCCACAUCCGGACGGGAUUCGCUUUAAACAAACCGCCUUUCGGAUAUCUGGAUGUUACUUUCACGUAUUUGACUCGGAUUCGGAGUAUAAACUGGAUUUACUUUCUCAAAUCCGGAGUCUUAAUGUCGACAUAGUGGUCUGUUUCUUCACCCCCCCCUCCCUCCUCUUCCUCCUCCUCCCUCCUCUUCCUCCUCCUCCCUCCUCUUCUUCCUCCUCCUCCUCCUCCUCCUCGGUCUCCUCAGAAAACACUCAGAAAAAAAAACCCCAACAAAGUGCUCUAUGUCCCUCACACCGGUAUUGACAUGAAGGACAUACAUUUCUAGUGUGUAUAGAAAUAAAAGAAUGUCAUCAGAGGAGAAGAUUCUGGAUUCCUCUGAUAAAGGACCCUCGCCACCUGUAGGUGGAUCUGUGGCCACGCCCACAGGAAGUCCCGCCCACAACGACAGGCGGCCCAGAGGCCGGCCUCGAAAGGAUGUCGGAUCCAUACCCAGACAGAGGAAGAAGAGUCGAGGCAGAGGGAAGGCUGUGUUGGAGGAUGAGGACAGCGCUGAUGGGAUGGACACUGGUGGAACGCAGGAGCUCGACUGUAGAGGAGUGCAGCAGGAGGAGUGUGAGGGUGUGGUCACAGCAUCUCUUCCCAGAGACAGAGAGGAGGAAGUUUGUCCUGCGCCGACGCUUUCCCCAAACCUGGAGACAGAGGAGGCGGAAACAUCACCGGCAUGUGGAGGAGCUAAAAGCAGCGAACGGCUCUGUGCCUUUUGUUACUGUGGAGCACGAAGUCUGCUCGGUCAGGGUGAACUGAAGCUCUUCAAGGCCACGCCAGGAUGCGACCCUCCGCUCCGCCGUAGCCAUGACAACAGCCAAUCAGGGAGGCCUAGGGGUCUGGAGAGCGGCGGUGCAGAGGAAGCGGGUCGCAGGUCCUGGGACGAGCUUCACCACGUGGGUUUACCGGAGGAUGUAGACGUGCAUUCUCUCUUCGACGAGUCAGGUCAGUGCUGGGCCCAUCAGCAGUGUGCUCUGUGGUCAGAGGGUGUGUGUCAGUCAGAGGACCAAUCACUGCUCUACGUGGACAGAGCCAUCCACUCAGGGAGCACAGAGCAUUGUGCAUAUUGUAAGCGCCUUGGAGCAUCCAUUAAGUGCUGUGAGGAGGGGUGCCGCCGCUCGUACCAUUAUCCGUGUGCGGGGGGAGCCGGAACCUUCCAGGACUUCAGGAAGCGCUCCAUCCUGUGCACAGAACACAUCGAGCUCGCCACCAGUAAAUCAGUGGAGGAGGUGAACUGUGUGCUGUGUGAGAGUCCAGGGGAUUUAAUGGACCAGCUGUUCUGCACCAGCUGUGGUCUUCAUUACCACGGCAUGUGUUUGGACAUCAGCGUGACUCCUCUGAAGCGAGCAGGUUGGCAGUGUCCGGAGUGUAAAGUGUGCCAGACGUGCAAGAAUCCCGGAGAGGACACGAAGAUGCUGGUGUGUGACAUGUGUGAUAAAGGUUACCACACCUUCUGCCUGCAGCCUGUGAUGGACUCCAUUCCCACCAACGGAUGGAGGUGUAAGAACUGCAGGGUGUGUGUGCAGUGUGGUACACGGUGCAGCAGUUUGCUAUGUGAGAGCUGCUCCAGGCAGCACGACUCGACUCAGCUCUGCUCUCUGUGUGCCGGAAGCCUGGACACCGAGCUCCAUAAAGACCUGCUCUCCUGCCGUCACUGCAAAAGAUGUUUUCACGUGGAUUGUGAGCGGCAGGCGGAGGGUCAUGCGGAGCUCCAGACCGCAGAGGAUUACACGUGUUCCGUGUGUAAACAUGCCGGCUUCGAGACACGUACGGAGACGGAGGAGAGUAAAACACACACGGACGUUGGAACGGAUACGCAACCUGCACAAUCAGAUAUGGACCGUGAUCCCGCUCGGACGGACAGCACAGAACCGGGACGAACCGUCUGUGAGACACCGCGUGAGGUGGAGGACCCGAUGGAGCACAAAGGGGCCGAAGUGUGUGCAGAAACGAGACGUAUAAAAUCCCAGCAAGCGGCCAGCGAAGCAUCACCAGGAGAACCCACGGGUGAAAAGGUUCCAGAGCUUUCUCAGGACACAAAGCCAGCUGGUAGUCCAGAAGCUCCUCAGCACGAGUCAGAUCCAUUCCCUGAGCAGCCCUCAAUCCAGUCUUUCACUCAGUCCAUUAAGGCAGACUCGCCUCUUCACCCCGAGAGCUCAUCGCCGUCUGGACCUCCAGAAACAUCGUCUCUUCAAGAGGAGGAGCUCGGUUCCGGUCUGGAGGAGAAGAAAACCGUCACACCAGCCACCAAAGACCUGACAUCAGUCACUGAACCGUCUGAUGAGGAACCUAUGGAAAUUUCUGGGACUACAGAGCCGUCCGUGGAGAACAAAGCAAGUCCUGUGCCAAAGCUAGAGGAGGAGAAGGACUCGGGCCUCUUUGAGAAUAAAACGGUGGAAGAGCGAGGGAAGGUUUCUGAGGACCUCAAAGAAGAGGAUGGAGAAAGAUCUCUGAAAGCGCUUAAAUUGGAGGAGCAAGAAAGAAGAAUCGGUGAGGAUACUGCGGUGCAGGAACAUCAAAGAUCUUCUGAAAGUAAGCAAACAGUGAAGGAAAAUGCUGUGGAAGACCUUAUGGUGGAGGAACACACACAAUCUGAUGAGGGCCUCCUCAUAGAGCAGAACGAAAGAAGCACAGAGGAACCUAACAAGUCUUCUGAAAAUCUCCUCAUGGAGGAACACGAAAGAUCGUUCGACGGGGUUAAAUCAGAGGUUUCUUCUGAAAGCCGUACAGCGAAGGAACAUGAAAAAGGCCUCACGGUUCUGGAGAACUGCGGAAGAUCUUCAGAAGAGUUUACAGUAGAGGGACGUAGAAGACCUUCUGUAGAUCUUCCCGAGGACAUGGACUUCUCUAUGGACGGCGAGAGAAGCCUGGCGAAGCUGAGCUCGCUGGUGGAAGAGAGAACGUCGCUAAAGCCACCAGCAGUUAGGCAGCCCGAGAGUUUUCACUGCUCUGUAAUCAGUCCACAAAGCCUGUCUGCUCCCGGAGAAGCAAGCAGCAACGUGCCUUCAGCCACUUUCAUACCACUCGCGCCAAAAAUCGGCAUGGGCAAACCUGCCAUCUCCAAGAGGAAGUUCUCCCCUGGAAGACCCAGGGUCAAGCAGGGAGGAUGGAGUGCGUCUCCUAGACUGAGCUCCCCCUCUCCGUCCCCGGUUUGGGACGGGCCAAAAAGCAGGCAGGUCCACAGUAUGGGCGUCUGGAGCAUCCGUGUGGGUCGCGGUUCAGGAUUCCCUGGCAGGAGGAGACCCAGAGGGGCGUGGCUUACAGGUAGAGGUGGGCGUGGCCGAUCCAGGAUGAAAAACGGAGUGGGUCAAAUGCCGGCACCGGGAGUAAACACCACGGAGCCACAGGUCUACCUGUUCCGGGAGGAAGAGGAGAACUCCAUGCACAACACAGUGGUGAUUUUCUCCAGCACGGACAUGUUCACACUGAAACAGGACAUGUGUGUGGUGUGCGGGAGUUUCGGUCAGGGGGUCGAAGGUCGCCUGCUCGCUUGCGCUCAGUGUGGACAGUGUUACCACCCGUACUGCGUUAACAUCAAGAUCACUAAAGUGGUGCUGAGUAAAGGCUGGCGGUGUUUGGAGUGUACGGUGUGUGAGGCGUGCGGCCAGGCGAGCGACCCCGGGCGUCUACUGCUAUGUGACGAGUGUGACAUCAGCUACCACACCUACUGCCUCAACCCGCCUCUGCAGAACGUGCCGAGCGGCAGCUGGAAGUGCAAAUGGUGUGUAUCCUGCACGCAUUGUGGCGCCACGUCGCCCGGUCCGAGGUGCGAGUGGCAGAAUAAUUACACUCAGUGUGCGCCGUGCGCCAGCCUGACUUCCUGCCCCGUCUGUCUGCUGGACUACAGCGAGGAGGAGAUUAUCCUGCAGUGUCGCCAGUGUGACAGAUGGAUGCACGCCUCGUGUCAAGGCUUCCACACCGAGGACGAGGUGGAGAAAAUUUCCGACAGCAGCUUCGACUGCAGUUUGUGCCAAGGCCGAGGCUCGCUUUCUCCAGUAUCAGUGGCUAAACCGCACGUUAAUUUCACGUCAGAGCUUCCUGUGACUCCACAGAUUGCUGCAAAGCCAAGGGAUCUGGGUUUGACGAGGACGUACACACAGGACGGCGUGUGUCUCACUGAAUUGGGUCUGUCCCAACUCCAGAGUCUGGCCAACUCCGCUUCCAGACGCAGGAGGACGAAGCCCAAGCUCACACUGAAGAUCAUUAACCAGAACAGCGUCGCUGUGUUACAGACGCCCCCGGACCCCCACAGCGAGCUCUCUCGAGACGUCGACCUGGACGACGGCAGAGAAGCAGAGCUUGUGGAUGGGGAAGGGAAGUCUGACUCGAGCCCAGAGAGAGAGACAGCGGGAGAGGACGAGUCUAAAGGAGGCGAGAGCUGUAAAAAGAGGAAGAGGAAGCCGUAUCGACCCGGUAUCGGAGGCUUCAUGGUGAGACAGAGGAACCGAACAGGCCAAAGCAAAACCAAACCGGCUCUGAGCAGGAAGGACUCGAGCGGCUCCGUGUCCGAAACGCAGCAGGGCAAAGACGAAGGCUGGACCGAUCUGAUGCCCGACGUCCCGAUGGACGUGAAACCUUCCAUCUCCGAUUUCCAUGAAAAUCCCGAGGUCAAAGUGCGGAAGCGAUACAGAAAGAAGAAGACCAAGCUGGAAGAAGCGUUUCCUACGUACCUGCAGGAGGCUUUCUUUGGGAAAGAUCUUCUGGAUAAGAGCAAGCAGAGCAGGCAGGAGACCACGGGUUUGUUAGAGGAGGAGAAGGACAGGAAGCAGCAGAACCCCGGUGCUCUGAAACUGUCAUCGAAACCUUCAGUCAGCACAUCAACACCACACCCCAAUAAAGCUGCAGCACCACGGAGCUGCGAGGAGCCGCUGGUGGAUCUGUCCGAGGUGCUGAAAUCAGACACCGAUCUGUUGGGAAUGUUGUCUGAUAACAUGGGCAAACAGAGCGAGGAGUCCGGUCUUGAUUUUUGCCCUUUCCAGGUUGACUGCUCUCCCUCUCCGUUUGCUGGACUGGACGUUGCUCCUCUUUCAGAAGAGGCUUCGGUUUCUUCGCAGUCAAACCAGGGACGAGUGUCUCAUCAGGACGAGCCGCUGGACGGUAUUCUGAGCCCCGAACUGGACAAGAUGGUGACGGACGAAUCCAUUCUGAGCAGACUGUAUAAAAUCCCAGAGCUGGAGGGGAAAGAAGUUGAGGAUCUGUUCACUGCCGUGUUGAGCCCCAGCACAGCACAGCCCACUCAAGCUCCUCCCCAAGCCCAGGGAACACACACUAUACACAGGCAUCCGGUGCAGGGACCCUCGCUCAACCAGAUCAACUCAGGAAUGUUUCCAAGAAUGCCAGUGAUAAAUGGUCUGGUGAACCCCAAUCAGCAGUUCUCUCCAGGACAGAUGCCUCCCGGGGCAGACGUGGUGCGAAACUUCCCUCCCAUGCAACGCAUGCCUUUUUCUGACAAUCUGAGGGACAGGAAGUUUGGUCCAAUGUCUCGGGAUGCAGCAGGUCCGUGGUCAGCCACCGGCCCGUGUCCAAGUCCCGCUCCGCUUCCCGUUCCGGCUCCUGCAGCCGAGGGAGAGACGGAUUCCUUAUCCACGGCUCAGAAGAGCAUGCUGAAAUGGGAGAAAGAGGAGACACUGGGAGAACUUGCUACCGUGGCCCCUGUCCUCUACACAAACGUCAACUUCCCCAACCUCAAAGAGGAAUAUCCAGACUGGCAAACACGAGUGAAACAAAUCGCCAAGCUGUGGAGGAAAGCAAGUUCUCAAGACCGAGCCCCAUACGUGCAAAAGGCCCGUGAUAACAGAGCGGCACUGCGCAUCAACAAAGUCCAAAUGUCUAAUGAGACCAUUAAGAGGCAGCAACAACCGCAGGCCUCGCAGCCUUUGGAAGUGUUUGAUCCUGCUAUUCCUCCUCUGGACCCUGAGCUUCUGUUCAAGGAUCCUCUAAAGCACAAGGAAUCCGAACAGGAACAGGAAUGGAAGCUGAGACAGCAAAUGAGACAGAAAAGUAAGCAACAAGCCAAGAUUGAAGCAACGCAAAAACUCGAGCAGGUAAAGAAUGAGCAACUCCAACAACAGCAACAGCAACAACAGCAGCAGCACGUCAAAGGGGGUCAAUCGGACCUUGACAGCUCUGGUAGCCUCCAGAGUCCAGCCUCAUCACAGUCCAGCAAUGGGAACAUGUCCCCUAUGCAGUCCACCUCCAAGAACGGGUUCUCUAAACCACAACUCCCAGGAACUCCAACAGCAGGCUCCCCAGAUGACGUCUUUUUACGUCCACACCCUCCACCCCCGUCUUCAGGAUCUCAGCCACAGUCACCUCAGAUGUUUUCUCCAGGCUCUUCUGGUUCUAGGCCAUCAUCACCCUGGGAUCCUUAUGCGAAAAUGGUGGGCACACCAAGACCACCACCAAGCGGCCCGGUUGCAGUUCGUCGGAACUCUGAAUCUGGGAAAUCACCAAAGAGUCUCUCGGAGGAGCGCGGGAAACCAUCGUCGGUACAUGAAUCUAUCGGUUCACCCACAGCCCUUAAUGUUGAUCCAUACGCUAAGCCCCCAGACACACCAAGGCCUACAGGUCCAACAGACCCCUUUCUUAAGCCUAUGUGCCCUCCCAGGGUGAGUCAGCCUGUUGAAGGGAGGCACAUAAUAGGUUCUCCAGGACACGAUCCAUUUUCCAGGGUAGCUGUGAGAAAGGAAGCAUACCCGCGAAUGCCUUAUGGCAAGAUGAUUCUUCCAGAUUCUUUAGCCCACCCUCUACUCACCCCCAUCCCAGGGAGUAAUGAAUCUGGCUCUGUCCAGCCCUUCAAAACACCCAUGCCACCACCUCAGCCUCAGGACCUUAAUGUAGCCAUGCAUUCAAGAAGACCAAGUGGGGAUCCCUUUGAAAGGACAAUGAUACCACCUCGUCCUGCAGAAGCUUUUGCGCAGGGUCAACAGAAUGACCCAUAUGCGCAUCCUCCACUUACUCCGCAUCCUGCAAUAAAUGAAGGCUUUGAGAAUCAAACAAGAGUUACACGGCAACCUCAGACCCAACCUUUUAUACAACCUGGGCCAGUAGCACAUCAGUCCACUGGAAAUCCAUAUGCACGUAUGCCUUCAACGCCUAGACCAGAUUUCUCUCAUUGUGAUCCUUUUGCCCAGUCCCCGUAUUCUAAUCCAUAUGCGCGAAUGCCAGGAACUCCUAGACCACAUGACCCUGAACCUUACUCUCGCCAACCUGCCACAUCUCAUCCUGUUAUAAUGAACCAAGCUUCCCAGCAAACACAGUCUCAGAAUCGCAUGCAGUCACCCAUGUCACUGGAUCCUUAUGCACAGGCUCCUGGGACACCACACCCAGGGGUACCAGAAAGGUUCCCCAGACCUCAGAGUUACCAAAGGAAUCAAGACCCAUUUAAUCACCCCCCUGCAAUGUCUCGACCAAUAGGACCUGACCCUCAUGCUCAGCCAGUGGGAGUUACUCAAUCUCUACUCCAUGAUCCAUUUGCUCAAGGCCCUAGGACACCUCUUCCUGGAGGUGCACCACAGGGUAUACGAUCAGGACCCAUGUCCACGCAGGAUGCAUUUUCACCACCUCAGGUCUUGAUGCAGGAAACAUUUGCCAGUCCAGGGUCUCAAACUCCACGAAACCCUGGUCUCGCAGAUGAAAACAGUAUGUCUCAGUCACCUUCUAGUCAACCAAGCCAGACUCCGGUUCAUGACCCAUUUGAACAGGCACAGAUGAAUACUCACCCUCAGUUCGCAGAAAACCGGGAGCAACAAGUAUUAGCACACAGCACUGUAGCAAUGGGACAACCAAACUCUGAUGUUCAAACUGUUCCUCUUGUGGAAGCCGAGGAAAGGCUCAGACAGCGUCAGCGUAUUCGAGAACUGCUUCUCAGGCAGCAGCAGCAAAAAACUGCCAUUCGCCAAGAAAAGAGCCCACAGGAGCAGCCAGGGCCCAUGACACCAGGAAACCCUCAGCACUGGAGUCAAGAUGCACGAGGUCAUCAAAAUGAUUUAUUCAACCGACCACCUCCACCAUAUCCUGGUCCAGGAGUUUUGAGGGGUCUUCAGAGAUUUCAUGGUCCAUAUCCAGGAGAUCACAGAGGCUCUUUUUCUGAUGGGCAAUUUCCAAGACAGCAGUUUCCUGGAGAUACAAAUAACCUCAGGCAACCAGGACCCAGGUUGGGCUUUCCCUCGGGUGUUCAAGGGCCUGGUUUGAGACCCCCUAUGAAUCAAAUGCAAGAUUCAAUGAUGGAAGGUCAUCCGCAAAUGAGAAGGUCCAUGUCUAUUGAUCUGGGCAAGUCACUUGGAGGCAAUCCAAUGGGGUUACAGCCAUUACCUUCUCAAAGCAUACAUAUGCAGCAACACAAUAUUAUGGGACAACCUUUUAUAGAACUCAGACACAGACCUCCCGAUAGCAGGUUGCGACUUCCCUUCGGACCUCCUGUUAUGCAGGGAAACAGAAUGGAAUCACCUUUACAACUUCAGCGGCCUCCAGGAUUUAUAGGUGGUCAAGAAAUGGGCUUUUCAAACAAUCAGGGUCCUAAACCCAUGGAUUCUAGUAUUAAUCAAACUCCAGGAAUAGGUGCAGAUAUGCACGGAACGAUGAAUAUGGACAACUUGCAUCACGCCACUGUUUCAGUAAGAACUGGACAGAUUCCAAUUAUGAGGUCAAUGAGCCAACCUGCUUCAAAUGAGACCUUCGGUGAAACCACCCCAUCAAAUUUUCCUGCAGCAACUUCUGCACCAUCAAAUGAGGUUGAUUUACACAUGAAUGAAGGAUCCGAUGAGAAGAUCGAUGCAGAUGAAUCAGCUGUGAAGGACCUUGAAGAUGUAGAGGUCAAGGACCUAGUGGAUACAGAUUUAGAGAACCUAAAUCUUGAUGCAGAUGAUGGAAAAGAUCUGGAUUUGGAAGCUAAUGACCUGCACAUAGACGAUAUCUUUUUGACGUCUGGGAAAUUUGAUAUAAUUGCCUACACUGAUGCAGAUCUAGACCUUAGUGAGGAUUUGGAUCUCAAUGAUCCCAUCGAUGACCACAACGACAGUGCUGAGCUCCAAAAAGAGCAAGAUGAGAAAAAGCCCGAGAGUCCUAAUGAUGGAACCUUACCUUCUGAUUUCACAUUUGCAGAAUUGAAAGCUGAGGAAAAACCUGAACAAUCAUUAGAUAACAUAAAAAAAGAAGAUAAUCAGGUUUUUCUGAAAACAGAAAAAGAUAUCAAAACUGAGGUCAACGGUGGUUCUUCACAAGAGCUUAACCAAAAUCAAUUAACAAAUGCUCCAGUCGGUAAUCAAGAAGACUUCAGAGAUAGCAUGGAUGCUAUCGCAAAACCCGGUGUUCACCCUGAUGCUACUCCAGUGCUGUCUAGCUUACUCGUCAAUGUUCCUCCAGAUAAUAAACCGCACAAACAAGAGAACUGUGGUCAGCAAGGAAUACUUCAGGAACAGACACUUAAUUCAUCUCUGCUUGAUCAAGAACUGAAUUCUGACCUGGUGGUAGACCAAUCAUUGGUUUCCACUCAAACUGAAGGUCCACUAGAGAUCCAUUCAGGUUCCAUGCAGGAUCAGCCCCCAGGUUCUGCAUUUGGGGUGGAUCAAAAGGAUGCUCUGCUUUCGGUAGAACAAUCUGGCAUUCUUUCUCAGACCCAACAAGCCAUGUUGUCCCAGCAGGGCCAGCAGAAUCGUCCACUGCUACUGGAGGAGCAGCCGCUCCUGCUGCAAGAUCUUCUGGACCAGGAAAGGCAAGAACAGCAGCAACAGAAGCAGAUGCAGGCAAUGAUCAGACAGCGGUCCAGUGACACUUUCUUCCCUAACAUAGAUUUUGAUGCCAUUACUGAUCCUAUCAUGAAAGCAAAGAUGGUCGCUUUGAAAGGAAUCAAUAAAGUGAUGGUUCAAAACAAUAUGGGAAUGUCACAGAUGGUUAUGAACAAAUUUCCUGCGGGUGCACAAGCAGGUCAGGGAUCACAGGGUCCAGAAGGAUGUGUUCCUCCUCAGCAGGCAAUGGCACAGCAGGACGGCAAACUGGCUCCAUACAUGACGAGACCCAGUCCUCCAAGUUUUGGUCAAGGAUUCACCAAUGAAGCCCAGAAAAUACAGUAUGAAGACUGGCUUCGGGAGACUCAAAAGCUUCUUCAGAUGCAGCAGAAGUUUCUCGAGGAUCAGAUCGGGGCUCACAGGAAGUCAAAGAAGGCAUUAUCAGCUAAGCAGAGAACAGCUAAAAAAGCCGGACGAGAGUUUCCCGAGGAGGACGCCGAGCAACUGAAACAUGUCACAGAGCAGCAGGGUGUGGUACAGAAACAACUUGAACAGAUUAGGAAACAACAGAAAGAGCACGCAGAACUAAUAGAAGAGUACAGGGUCAAGCAGCAGCAAGGUGCCCUGCAGCCUCAAAUGAUGCCUGGCAUGUUGCAAGUGCAAAGUCAUCCAGGCAUGAUGCCAACUGGCCCUGUGAACCAACCUGUUAUGGGUCCAGCCAUGCCCAUCCAGAUGCAGCCAAACCAGGCAAAUAUGCCCAACAUACCAGGCUGGCGUCCUGGAGCUCCGGCUCCUGUUGGAUCUCAGGUGCCGGGUAUAAUGCCUCCUCAGAUGAUGCAAGGCCCUGCUCCUCAGCAAACGUUACCCAGGCCUGGUCAGGGGCAAGUCACCAGUGAGUCUCCUCAUGUGAAUUUUGACGACACCAAUCCAUUUAGCGAAGGUUUCCAAGAACGAGAGAGAAAGGAGAGACUUCGAGAGCAGCAGGAGAGACAGAGGGUGCAGCUGAUGAAGGAGGUGGAGAGACAGCGUAUGAAACAACGCAUGGAAAUCGAGCAGCAACAGCAGAAAGGCCUCCUCAGCCAGAUGCCCUUCUAUAACCAGAAUGUACCUCAGGACUUCAUGCAACAACAUAGAUCUCAGCAGCAAAUGCAAGGGCCAGGAUUUCCACAUCAGCCAGGCAUGCAGCCUGGAAUUGGAGCCCCGUCUUCUAUACCCAUGAUGGGAAAUGGCCCUUUCCCUCAGGAAGUAAGACCAGGUUUUGGACUGGAUAACCAAGUAACACACGGAUCUCAUUUUGUUCAAGGGCCGCCCAGACCACAAAGAUUCCCUGGACCAAAUCUAGUACAACAGAAUCCAGGUCAAGGUCAUCAUUUCGCUGUCGAAUCCACUACACCUCUCCCACCAAACUUUCCCGGAUCUGGUCCAUCCCUGAUUCAGCUUUAUUCAAACAUCAUCCCAGACGAAAAGUCAAAGAAGAAAAGGAACAGAAAUAAGAAAAACGACGAGGACUCGGAGUCUUUAAGGGCACCAUCUACACCACACUCUGACCUAACCGCCCCUCUGACUCCCUGUGUGUCGGAUACGUCGUCCACACCCACCAGGAAUCCCUUGCUCUUUGGAGAGCAGGAGCUAUGCGAGACCUCUCUGCCUGGAUCCUCCACCCCAGGCUCUCAGAGCAGCCAGCACCACUCGGAGCUGGAGCGUCAGCUCUCCGAUGGUAGCUAUUGCGGAGCGUCUGACAUCACCAUGGGUCAGCAUGACAUACAAGACAAGAUUCUGACUAACAUCAAAUUGGAAAGAAUCGAAGUUAGUGACUGUCAUGGUCCGAAAGGCACCGACAUGAACAUGGUUAUGGGCGUAGUAAAAGUAGAAGGGGACAAGGAAGGCAUGUCACCACAUCCCACAGGCCAAAGUCCAGCAGGUAGCUCAAAAGGAGAAGGUGGGAAUGAGCUCCUGAAACAUCUCCUGAAAAACAAGAAGACCACUCCACCCCGAUUACACCACCAAAAGUCUGAGGACAACAUGAGAUCGGAGGAGGAAACUUUAAUGGAUAACAAGGCUCUCUUGAGACAGAGCUCUAUAGACAGCAGCGGGACCUUCUCAGACAGCCAGCUCUCGUUUAACCCCGACUUCAGCAGCCCCUUAAUGUCCGAAGACAAGAAAAAACAACGGACCAAGCGUGCUCCAAAGAGCGGAGAACGUCCAGCCCCUCGCUCCAAAAAGAGGAAGAAGGAGGAGGAAGAGAGACAAGCCAUGUAUCCCUCCACUGAACCAGUAAUGACUAAUCUGAAACAGCAGCAGCAGCAGCUCUCACUCUUGCCCCUGAUGGAGCCUCUGGUCGGUGUAAAUUUUGCCCAUUUCGUGCCUUACGGCAGUGGGCAGCUAGAUGGAGAAAGCCGUCUUUCGGGCACUUUCGGAAGUGCCUCUUUGGACGGCAUGUCGGAUUAUUACUCCCAGCUCAUUUACAAACAGAACAACCUGAGUAACCCUCCAACCCCUCCGGCAUCUCUGCCUCCAACACCUCCGCCUGUAGCACGCCAGAAGUUGCUCAACGGCUUUGCCACCACAGAGGAACUGGCCAGUAAAGCAGCUGUCGCGGUCGGCCAUGACGUGACCAAAGGGCUGCCUUCAAGACCGCUGCACGUGCCCUUUAAAACCGAAGAGGAACUCUUCGCCAGAGCUCUUGCUCACGGACCCAAAACAGUGGAUGUACCUGCUUCGUUACCCACGCCCCCUCACAACAACCAGGAGGAGCUCAGGGGACAAGACCACUGUGAGGACAGGGACACACCGGACAGCUUUGUUCCUUCCUCGUCUCCGGAAAGCGUGGUCGGCAUGGAGAUCAGCCGCUAUCCAGAUCUGUCUCUGGUCAAACAGGAGCCUCCGUCUCCAUCACUCUCUCCAGUCAUGCCAAUGUUCCCAAAAUGCCGAGGGAAAGGCUCUGAGACUAAGCUGAGGGAGAUUAAAACCGAGCCCUCGUCCAUGUUCUUCAACUCUCCGUUCGGCACGCAGCAGAACGGCCCCGGACUGGUUUCCAUAGCGAUCACACUGAAGCCUGCUGCUGCAGAGAACAUCACCGACGUGGUAGCAGCCAUUGCCGACCUCAUCCGGGUGAAGAUCCCUAGCAGUUAUGAAGUGAGUGGUGGACCGUGGCCACACAGCAGUCUGGGUACCCAUAAGGCCUUGGCACACGGCCUUGAGCAGCGUCCGGUGCAGACUCGUGGGGCAGAACAGAUGAACUCUCAUGCAGGAGCUCAGCAUCUGCAGAAUCAGCACCUGCUUAAAAGUCCUAUGAGAGGCAGAGAGCAGUACCGAGACGGCUUGAGCAGCCCAGGGCCCAAGCCGCAGUGGUGCCGCCAAUGUAAAGUGGUCAUCCUGGGGGGAGGCGUAAGGAAACCAAAAGAUCAUCAAAACAAAGCUCAGGACACCGAGCCGAGCUCUGAUAGAGAUUUGGUGUUCUGCAGCCAUAGUUGUCUCAUACUGCACUCGUCUGCACAGUCCAAAGGCAGCUGUGACACAGAGGCAUCUGUGGCCCUGCUUUCAGACCUGUCAGUUAAAGGAAGUCCAUCCAAAGCACAGCAUCAGUACAACAACAACAUGUCCUCUUUAGACGUCCACUGCUUGGCCCAGCUUCAGCCCAAGUCUUCAUCUCUGUCCCCGUCUCAGCCUAGACUCCACGUCACUCCAGCUCCAACAGAGCCUCUAAAAACGCAGCCCAAGAUGGAGCAGAGUGUUCUCGAGGGGCAGAAUCUCAAGGUAACUGUAAAGCUCAAGCCUCGUUCCCACAACCAAUCAGACGAGAAGCCUUGGCAGCACGGAAAACGCUGGAAAGGCUUACGUUGGCGCAAGUGGACGAUGCAGGUCGUGGUGCCGAAAACUGGAUCUCCGGCACCAGAAAAGGCAGUGGAGGAUCUCCUGCUUCAACUGAACUCGUCUCUGCGUCCUUGCUCGUCUCUCCGAGACCGGCGCCGCUGCUGCUUCUGCCAUCAGGAAGGUGACGGGAUGACAGACGGUGCUGCUCGCCUCCUCAACCUGGACCUGGACACUUGGGUUCAUCUGAACUGUGCCCUCUGGUCCUCAGAGGUGUACGAAACCCAAGCAGGUGCCCUGAUCAACGUGGAGCAGGCGCGUCAGCGUGGUCGCACCAUUUCCUGCGCCUUCUGUCAACGCCUGGGCGCCACCAGCAGCUGUCACCGACUCCGAUGCCUCAAUGUCUACCACUUCACAUGUGCUUUGCAGGCGGGUUGCACCUUUUUUAAGGACAAAACCAUGCUGUGCCAUCAGCAUCGACCAAGAAUCUCUGGUUCUGGUGCCCUCCUGCACCUUGAGGACCAGCAGUUGCGCUGUUUUUCAGUAUUUCGUCGCGUCUACGUCCAACGUGAUGAACUACGCCAGCUGGCUGCUGCUGUUCAGCGUCCAGAGCUUGGACACACCUUUCGUGUAGGCAGCUUGCUCUUCCAUACUAUGGGCCAGCUUCCCCCUACCCUGAUGCCCCACUUCCACUCGUCCAACACCAUUUUUCCACCCGGAUACGAGGCUAGCCGUCUGUACUGGAGCAUGAGGCACGGGCACCGCCGUUGCCGCUACGUGUGCACCGUCGAGGAGCACCAAGGACGUCCCGAGUUCUGCAUCCGAGUCCUGGAGAAGGGUUACGAAGACCUGCUGCUCACCGACACCACGGCCAAAGGAGUGUGGGAUAAAGUCCUGAGCUCCGUAGCAGAACGGAGGGCAGAAACCGGAAUGCUUCGUCUUUUCCCAAUCUACCUGAGAGGAGAAGAUCUGUUCGGUCUCACUGUUUCCGCGGUGACGCGCAUCGCCGAAUCGCUGCCGGGCGUGCAGGCUUGUUCCAGGUACCGCUUCCGUUACGGACGCAACCCGAUGCUGGAGCUUCCUUUAUCCAUCAAUCCCUCAGGCAGCGCCAGGUCCGAGCUCAGGAGCUACCCGCAGGGUCAGAGGUUAGAGAUCUUAUCCUCGUGGAACCGAACAUCUUUAGCGAUCCAGAACUCCGCUCCUCCUGAGGCCGGAUCGUCCCACAGUAAACACUUCGUCCACUCCAAGUCGUCUCAGUAUCGGCGACUGAGCAGCGAGUGGAAGAGCAACGUUUACCUCGCGCACUCGCACAUCCAGGGCCUGGGGCUCUUUGCUGCUCGGGACAUUGAGAAGCAGACGAUGGUGAUCGAGUAUCUCGGGAACAUCCUUCGCAACGAAGUGGCCAUGAGGAAGGAGCUGCACUACAAGGCCAAGAACCGAGCGGUGUUCAUGUUCCGCAUCGACGGCGACUGUGUGAUCGACGCCACCUGCUCUGGAAGCCCUGCAAGGUACAUCAAUCAUUCCUGCUCGCCAAACUGUGUGGCCGAAGUCGUGACCUUCGAGCGAGGCUACAAAAUUAUCAUCAGUUCUAACCGCAGGAUCACGAAAGGAGAAGAGCUGUGCUACGAUUACAGACUGGGGCUGGUGGACAACCACGGCAAGAUCGCGUGUCUGUGUGGGGCAGCAAACUGCCGCAAGUGGAUGAACUAGAUUACUUUUAUUUAACAAACAACAAGAAGAGGAAAAAGAGCCGGUCGUCCCUGACACUCAGCAGUGCUGAGACGCUGAAGACUGAAGACGGGAGGGAAAGAAAACAGACAGCGACGAAGUGACUAAGGAUCAUUUUGUGCGAAAUCAAGAGGAAAACACACGUUUGUGUUAGAGCCAUUUGCAUCGUUCUCUGGAGGAGGUUCGAUUUAAACCUGCAUGAGCCGCGUGUGUGUGUGUGUGUGUGUGUGUGUGUGUGUCUGUGUGCGCGCACGAGUAUUGGAGGGUAAAAGGGGAAAAUUUCACCAGCGAAUGAAAUGCGAAGGCGAGAGCGAUCACUGUACCGGUUAUGCCUUAUUGGUUGAAAAAGUGGGCGGAGCUUUCGACGACUGUAACGUAGAACAUCACUGAACGAAGAAUGUAAGGACUUCCGCAUUAGGGGAAAAAGUAACUUGCACUAAAAAGAAGAAAACAGACGAAACUCUCAAAAAAAAACGACAAAUACUUGAUUCCAUGAGUCAGUUUUUAAUCCUCGGUUGUUUUGUUUUGCUCUUUGUGUGUGUGUGCGUGUGUGUGUGCGUGUGUGUGUGUGUGUGUGUGAGGGGGAAAAAAGUGCUUUUGUAUUUAUUACCGUGUGAGUGAAUGAGUGCGCCUAUUUUUAAUGAUGUGAUAGAUUAAAAAAAAACUCAAGACAGAAAGCAAAGACUGCGAAUGAACAGUAUGAAGAGAUUCUGUUACGUCUGUAAAUAAAAUGUACAUAAACGAAAAAUAUCAGAACGACGAUCGACCAAAUAACUACCUUAUUCAUAUCGAUGUUUUAGAUGUGCUCUGGUUUUUUUUUUUUGUUUUUUUGUUUUUUUUCUUUUCGUUUGUUUCGUAUUUGUUUUAUUUCUUUUCCUCCUUUUACAGAAUUAUUUAAUGCGGACGCGGCUGUCGCGCGUCUCAGAGCUUAUUUUAAAUGACUAUUCUGUACAGAAUUUGCGAAAAGAAUUUCAAUAAGUAUUUUCUCUGUAUGGUGUCGUAGUGACUUUGUGAUUCAUUCUGACCACUUGAAAAGAAUUUUACAUUUGG